AACAGCCCACGUCUAAAUGGAGCCGAAAGGAACCCAACCCAGAGGAAGCAUCCGGCGCAGCCGACCCGGGCCCGAUGUCGCUGGUCGCCUACGACGCCUCCUCCGACGAGGAAGACGCCGGCGAGCCUCCCGUCGCCCCGGCGCCACAGCCUGCCCCCAUCGGUCCGGAGCCAAGGCCUCCGUCUCCUUCUACAUCAGUGGGUGCAGCUCCUCGGCCUACGCUGCCGCCGCCGGCAGCCAGCCAGAGUGUAGCACCGAUUAAUUCGAGUAAUGUCUCUGUGGCCACACCAUCAUUGGACCUACCAGAUGUUGCAGAUCUCUUUGCUCCCCCUGCAGACAAUGCAUCAAGGAAGAGAGAAUCAAACGGGUCUGCUCUUCAUGACGCACGCAGUAAAAUUCCAAGGAUGCAAUCACAACACGGAGGCAUAAGAAGUGCAGCAGGGAACGCUCUAAUUCCACCACAGCUUCGUGGAAGGAGCAAUGUUGUUACUGAAGACAUGAGCAAACUCUUUGUGGCUAAACGAAAAGAGUAGCAUCUUAACACUUUGAACCAGAACCUCCAUUUGGACUUCAUAGACACAUGUACUGGCUCCCAUAGUCCCCUGGAUGUGGCGGCAUGAGCAUGAUCUAACGAUGUUGCUGACUCCUAAAGAACUGAAGGAAGGAUACCGCAACAUGGACUAUUAACCCACAGCGGGUCGUCGUCAGAUAUCAAAAUGUUCUCUUGAACAUUUCUUUGGUGCUCGCUUUUCAUGUUCAAUGAUGCUACAAGCCUGAUGUUGGAUGUAUGCAAACUUCUGUAACUCUGUUAUGUUAUGGCAGCUAGAUGCUACUGUUCUGUUUAGGAGUUAGGGCUAGAUGCUACUCCAUUUAUCUUUUGAUCGGUGAUGACAAUCAGUCAAUCGCCUUGUUCGCUUGAGCUUAUCAGCCAAAUUUGUCAGCCACAGUGUUUUUCUCUCACAACAAAUUAGUCAACAGUACUUUAGGGCUA